AUGCUAAAAUCACGCAUAAAUAAUGGUGAUACUGCCCCGUCAACCAAUGGCAUUCAGGCGAAUUAUGCAAGUGCUCCCAAAAUGUCAUCUUCAAUCGAGGUCUGUGGCAGCGAUGUUGUUCGACUUAUGGCCGAUCUGAAGGAUUGGCAAAAGCUCGUAGUUCAUCUGGAAUGUGUUCUUACUUGGGAAAAACCUCUGGUCCUGUUUUAUAUCAUUCUUAUUGUCACCUUGUUUUAUGCGCUCCUUUGGACUUUUGAGCCGCCUUUCCUUGUGUCACUCGGCUGUCUUUCACUCUGCUUCAGUCUUUGGUGCUAUCUCGGCCCGAAAUUGGCACUGAGGUUUCUUCCUUCAGUACCGUUGACUGAACACAACCAACGAUAUCGUGCUUUUUGUCGAAGGAUUUUAAAUGGACGUCAAUUGGUUAUUUCGAUUCUUUGGCAUCUCUCAGACUUGAGGCGGCGCAGACCCUACGUCUAUGCCAUUGUUUGUCUAUGUGGCAUAGUGAAUCUUGAGAUUUUGACUUAUGAUUACGAUGGAAUUCUUAUCGCAUAUGUUCUCACCAUUAUUGGCCUACUUAUUCCGGGAAUCCGACACACUGGAGUUCUUAGAAUUAUUUAUCUAUUAGCAAAGAGGCUCCUCAGGUUCAUUUGGCGAAUCAUUUCCCGAGUAAUCGGCUUCCUCUACUCCCUGAUUCCCUCAACUCAACAGAAAACUGACAAAAAAGACACUGGUGAUGUGGCUGUGAACAACUAG